AAUCUGAAGUGUCAAAUGAAGCCAAUCGGAUCCGUCAAAUCCAAACAAGGUUCUGUUCGGUGUGUGCUGAGCUCCACUCCUCAGACACAGGAGGGAGCAGGACCUCAGCGUUGUCAUGACUCAUUAAACUAAGUCUGCGUUUCAGUUUGUGUCUUGACCGUUGACGGUGAUGAGUCACACCACAGGCGGCGUUUGUCCCUGUUCCUGCCUCAGUCCUCGGUCGGAACCGUUCCCAUCGCGAUCAAUAAACUGGUUCUAAAGUCUUGACCAGGCUCUUGUUGAACAGACUGGUUUCUGCUGGUUCUGAGGUUCUGAGUCCACGGCAGCAGAACGGGAACCCAGUGGUCACGUGGCAGAAGUGAAUUCCUCAGUAACACUCCAUCAAUCAGCCCCUUGUGGUGAAGUGGUUAAACAGACGUUUGCAAACGGCAUUAGAGGACACGAAGAGCACGAGGACCAGGAUUCUCUGGUCUGAGACACAUUUAAGCCGUUGGGCAGAACUCCAGCCUGUGGGACUGGGAAACAACACAGCGCAUCAUCCUCUGGCUAAUAUCAGAACUAAGAGACGAGUGACUGCAGCCAAACAGAUAAAUAGAGCGAACCCGGUCCAGAGCACAUCGGACCUGAAGCUGAGGUGAAGGUUCGCCUUUCAGCGUGAACGCGAUCCAAAGCCAAAAAGCCUCUUCAACAAAGGACCAUGACAACGCACACAUGCUUCGCAUCAAGUGUUGGAGGAUCUGCAUAGAAUAAAUGAAUGUGAAGCUUCAGCCAAAAGCUCCCACAGAUCCAGCUGAUUUCUCCUCGCUUCGUUUCAACCUCUCACCCUCUUCUUGUGCUGAGACAAUAAGUUUCUCCAUUUCACAUCAAGUUCAGUUCAUCCUCUGUUAAAACCAAUGACGCACAAGUCCGAAUAUGACCAAUAUGAGGCUCAUCACUGGGGUUAAAGAUUUACAAGCAUUUAAGAUCAGAACGUUUGCCUUUUUAGACCACGUGGCACUUGAAACGGUGUUUUGGCGCCACGCAGCGGCCGCUCUGAGUCGUUGCAGCCGCGGGUCACUUCCGGUCCUCCAAUCGACAACAGGGACGGAGGAGCGAUCCGAGUCGCUCAGCGAGUACCGGCCGGGAACCGCGCUUUUCAGCGGAAACGUGAGCUUUUUCCUGCAGGGAUGCCGAUGUCCACGUUCCAGAAAGUGACGCUCGCGACCGGCCUCGUGCUGUGCGUCGCGCUGCUGCUUCCCAAAAUGCUGCUCUCCCGGGGGAGGAAGGAUGCUGAGCGGCCGGAGGGUCAUUUUCCUCCGAUGAUGCAUCGCCAGGCGGCCCCUGAGAGUCGAGGCCAGAGGCCCACGGGCUCCGGCUACUCCAGGCCUCAUAAUUCUGAGAGCGGAGCCCGAGGUAAAGGAGCAGGAACGGGUGCGGGGGCCGGAGGCAAAUCCAACCUGGCCGGUCAGAUCAUCCCUGUGUACGGCUUCGGGAUCCUACUCUACAUCCUCUACAUCCUGUUCAAGAUCACCUCUAAAGGGAACAGCAAACCUUCAGAGAGCAGGUUUACUUCAGUUCGCUCAGAGAACAUGAAGAGAAAGAUCACUGACUAUGAACUGGCCCAGCUGCAGGAGAAACUCAGGGAAACAGAACUGGUGAUGGAGAAAAUAGUUUCCAGUGUCCACCACAGUCCUGAGAGGGUGAAUGGAGUGAUGGCAGAUCAGGAGGAGAGUCUCCUGCAGCAGCUGACAGAGAUAACGCGGGUGAUGCAGGAAGGCCAGCUGGUGGAGGGGAUGGCUGCAGAGAGGAAGGCCCAGAGCAGCUGGGAAGAUUAUCCCGAGGAGCCUCAGCAGUACUGGGAUCAUUCUUGCUGCAGCUGUCAUCACACUCAGCAGCCCGACAGUCCACCAACGCAGACGGAGUUAGAGAGAACAGAGGCCGAUGGAGCCGACACAGCGGAGGCGGCUCCUGCUGAGCACGAUACAGGUGAAGAAGAUGCUGAGGAAGCUCUGGAGCCAAGUACAGAUGCUGGAAGACAAACCGACUACACUGCACCAAGUGACGAAGAUGUGGAGCUGGACAGUGGUUUAGCAGCAGGCCAGGGGCACAUCGAGCUGGGAGUCCUAGAGGAGGACCUUGGGGGAGACCUGCGGGUCCCCGAGCAGGACCUCAACCCGCCUGAGGAGACAGAAUCAUCCAGCAACCAGGUCCGACGGAGGAACAGGAGGAGGAGGGCAAAGAAAGCGUCACAGUGACUCCAACACCAUGAGCUGCGGUCACAGCUUGGACUAUAUUUACUUUAGAAAUGCUUUAUGGAGCGGGUGAAAGAGGAAAAGGCUAGCAUGGAUUGCAUUUCUAGAAUUUCCUCAUUUGUUUGUACCUUUUCUCACCUUUGUAGCACAAGUUGAACAGAACUGAACUAUCUUUCCUGCAUUAUUCAACGGUGGAUUUCUGUGGAGGCAUGACUACUCUUCAGUGAAGUUGCGUACAGGUCACCACAACUCCAGACAAGCCGAGAAAUAUCAUUACACUCAGCUGACAGCUCGUUUAGUGCAGCCAGCUAAAACUAAUGAAGCGUAACAGCAAUCGCAGAAUAAAUCCAGUUUCAUUUAUUGCUUGAAAUGAAGGAUUUAUUGCAUUACUGCUCUGACAACCGAGCAAACCCAAUCUACUAAAUUCCAAGACUUUAUUUAUUACACAAACGCAUCUGACUUAUUACUGGUGAUAAUUUAAAUAAAGUUUCUGGAGUUAAGCUUAAA